AUGGAUCGGUUUGAAUACAUCAUGAUAUUUGAAGAGAUUACAAGUGUCUCGGAGUGUCUAGAGGUGUCUCGGGGUGUCUCGGAGUGUCUCAGGGUGUCUCUGGGUGUCUCUGAGUGUCUCAGGGUGUCUCUGGGUGUCUCGGAGUGUCUCUGGGUGUCUCUGGGUGUCUCGGAGUGUCUCUGGGUGUCUCGGGGUGUCUCUGAGUGUCUCGGGGUGUCUCUGGGUGGCUCGGAGUGUAUUAGGGUGUCUCGGGGUGUCUCUGGGGGUUUCGGGGGUGUCUCUGGGUGUCUCGGAGUGUCUCGGGGUGUCUCUGGGUGUCUCGGAGUGUCUCGGAGUGUCUUGGAGUGUCUAGAGGUGUCUCGGGGUGUCUCGGAGUGUCUCAGGGUGUCUCGGGGUGUCUCGGAGUGUCUCAGGGUGUCUCUGGGUGUCUCGGAGUGUCUCAGGGUGUCUCUGGGUGUCUCGGGGUGUCUCGGAGUGUCUCGGGGUGUCUCGGAGUGUAUCAGGGUGUCUCUGGUGUCUCGGGGUGUCUCUGGGUGGCUCGGAGUGGUGUCUCUGGGUGUCUCUGUGUGUCUUGGAGUGUCUCAGGGUGUCUCUGGGUGUCUCGGAGUGUCUCAGGGUGUCUCUGGGUGUCUCGGAGUGUCUCGGGGUGUCUCUGGGUGUCUCGGAGUGUCUCGGAGUGUCUUGGAGUGUCUAGAGGUGUCUCGGGGUGUCUCGGAGUGUCUCAGGGUGUCUCGGGGUGUCUCGGAGUGUCUCAGGGUGUCUCUGGGUGUCUCGGAGUGUCUCAGGGUGUCUCUGGGUGUCUCUGGGUGUCUCGGAGUGUCUCGGGGUGUCUCGGAGUGUAUCAGGGUGUCUCUGGUGUCUCGGGGUGUCUCGGGGUGUCUCGGGGUGUCUCGGGUGACCUCUGAGCAGCUUGUUUCGCCUUCAUCUGUGCCUGCAGACAAGAAGCAGAUCCCUCCCAUCCCUGCCCCUCUGUGCGACUCUGUUCUCUAUUCACAGCUGGUGGAUCCCGAAGUGGGACUCACUGCACAAGAACAGGUUCUCCUGCUGUACGACAUCAAACUGCAGUGUCUCCAGAACAUCUCUGGCCAUGAUCCCGAUGAUGAUGUGUGCGCCCCUGGAUGGGACGGGCUCAUUUGCUGGCCUCAGGGUUCUUUAGGGACUCUCACCAAAGUGCCGUGCCCCAGAUACAUCUACGAUUUCAAUCACAACGGCUAUGCAUACCGUAAGUGUGAUGUCAAUGGAACCUGGUUCUCGCUGGAGAACAGAACCUGGGUAAACUACUCUGAAUGUCUGUGGUUCCUGACACCAGGCAAGGAAAGAGGCAAGAGGGACUUUUUUGAGAAACUGCACAUCAUGUACACUGUUGGCUACGCUGUAUCCUUCAGCUCCUUGCUGGUAGCCAUUUUUAUCAUCGGCUACUUCAGGCGUCUUCACUGCACCAGAAACUAUAUUCAUAUGCACCUGUUUGUGUCCUUCAUGCUGCGUGCCGUCAGCAUUUUUGUGAAGGACCUGGUGGUGGAUGCCAACGGCGGCAUGCAGCAGUAUGAUGCAGUGCUCAUGGACAACAUCAAUGUGGUUUCCAUUAGCCCUCUGGACAAGACUCAGUAUGUCGGCUGUAAGAUCACCGUGCUGCUGUUUAUCUACUUCCUGGCCACAAACUACUACUGGAUCCUGGUGGAGGGACUUUACUUACACAGCCUCAUUUUCAUGGCCUUCUUCUCAGACUCCAAGUACCUCUGGGGCUUCACACUUAUAGGAUGGGGUGUUCCCGCUCUCUUUGUUUCAGCUUGGGCCGUCGUCAGGGCUAUUUUGGCAGAUGCACGGUGCUGGGAACUGAGUGCAGGCAAUAUUAAGUGGAUUUACCAGGUCCCUAUUCUGACAGCAAUUGGACUCAACUUUAUUCUGUUUGUGAAUAUCGUGCGAGUUCUGGCCACCAAGAUCCGAGAGACGAACGCGGGCAGAUACGACACUCGCAAGCAGUACAGGAAACUGGCGAAGUCAACACUGGUGUUGGUGCUGGUGUUUGGGGUGCACUAUAUUGUGUUCGUGGGGAUGCCACACACUGUUACUGGGCUGGGCUGGGAACUGCGCAUGUACUGUGAGCUGUUCUUCAACUCUUUUCAGGGGUUUUUCGUGUCCAUCAUUUACUGCUUCUGCAAUGGGGAGGUCCAGACAGAGAUACGAAAGACAUGGCAGCGCUGGACAUUAGCAUUCGACUGGAAAGGUCCAGUUGUGCUGGUUAAUUAUCGCUACCGGUCAGUGUUGACUAGCGUAAACAGCAACAGCAGUGUUCAAUCCCAGGCCCCAGCCCUACCGACUAACCGCUCGUCUAGACGAACCAGCAGCAGCUGCGUCUCACGCAGCACACGUACACCCUCACACACCACCCUGCCCGGUUACGUCUUCAGCAGCUCAGACGCCGACAGUCUGCCUCCGUCCAUCCCCGAGGAGAAUGAAGAUGAAGCAAAACACGUCGAUGACAUCACACUUAGUGAAAGCACAAGAGUUUUCCCAAGAGAUGGUGCCAAAAUCUCAGAUGACAUCGUUCUGGAAGGGCAGGCCAAGCACGUCGACGCAUUCAGAAAGGAUCAGGCGUUUGUCGAUGUUGCUUUCAGAGAGAAUGUCAACUGCACCGGGGACGUCAUACUGAAGGACUCGGUGCGGUGUAGUAGUUUGGAUCAGGAGGAAGAACUGGAAUUAUAG